AUGUCGGAGGUGAAGAUGAUCGGGGUGGUUGGCGGUGGCCAAAUGGGAUCGGGAAUAGCCCAAGUUGCUGCCAUGCACGGCGUCGAUGUUUUCCUUCACGACCUCGAUCCCCAAGCCCUUUCCAAAGCCUCCUCUUCCAUCUCCUCCUCCAUCCACCGUCUCGUUUCCAAAGCCACUCUCUCUCAGGCGGCGGGCGCUGAUGCGUUGAAACGACUGCAUUUUACCACGGAUUUGGAGGACUUCCACAUGGCCGAUUUUAUCAUCGAAGCGAUUGUGGAAUCCGAAGAUGUGAAGAAGAGUUUGUUCGUUAAAUUGGACAAGAUUGCGAAGAGUUCUGCGAUUUUGGCGUCGAACACGAGCUCCAUUUCCGUCACGCGUAUAGCAUCUUCUACCACCCGGUCAAGUCAGGUGAUAGGAAUGCAUUUUAUGAACCCUCCGCCUGUGAUGAAAUUGAUUGAGAUUGUACGAGGAGCAGACACUUCUGACGAGACAUUUGCAGUUACGAAAGCAUUGUCUGAGAGGCUGGGCAAGAUAGUUAUAACCUCGAAGGAUUAUUCAGGUUUCAUAGUGAAUCGAAUCCUUAUGCCUAUGAUAAAUGAAGCAUUUUUUGCGCUCUACGCUGGGGUUGCAACCAAAGAGGAUAUUGACACAGGAAUGAAGCUGGGUACUAACCAUCCAAUGGGUCCUUUAGAACUUGCAGAUUUCAUUGGGUUGGAUGUGUGCUUAUCAAUAAUGAGAGUUCUUCAUGCUGGUCUUGGAGACAAUAAAUAUGCACCCUGCCCUCUCCUUGUGCAGUAUGUUGAUGCUGGAAGACUUGGAAGAAAACGAGGUAUUGGCGUGUAUGAGUAUAGUAAAGAGCCAAGGUCUACAAAAUCAUCUUCUCGUCUCUAA